AAGUGCGUCUCCGUCUGUGUGUGUGUUGUGUGUGUGUUGUGUGUCUCCCUCAUCCUGUGUGUUUACCUCAGGCUCCCGAGAGGGUCGACUGUGUCUAAACCUCCCCACUUACUAAUCGCUCGAUCGCGUCAGUCGACUCGCCGGCACCAUGGAGCCGCUGGGCACGCGGUCCAGCACCGUCGCCAUAGAGACGCUGGAGAAGUGGUGCCACGCUCGGCCCCAGCCGAGCGAGUCGGGCAGCCCGCAGGCGGCCCUGCCGCUCGGCACGGCCACCGCCGCUGUCGCCCCUCACGCCCGGUGCCCCCCCUCGCCCUUCCCGUACCGAGAUGACAUCAACGGAAAGAUCGCCCUAUGGAAGGGCGACGUGGCGCACCUGAACUGCAACGUCAUCGUGUGCCCCACCAACGAGCACCUCAACGACAAGAACGCCGUCAGCGACAGCGUGCACGCGCUCGCCGGGCCGCAGCUGCACGACGAGCUGCGCAAGCUGAACGGCUGCCGCACCGGAGAGGCCAAGAUGACGAAAGCCUUCGGCCUGGCGGCACGCUUCAUCGUGCACACGGUGGGGCCGCGGUACAACUCGCGCUACCGCACGGCGGCCGAGACCUCGCUGCACGGAUGCUACAAGCGCGUGCUGCACAUCGCCACGGAGAAUCGCCUGAAUUCCGUGGGGCUGUGUGUCAUCAAUACGCCCAGGAGAGGCUUCCCAGCAGCUGACGCGGCACACAUUGCCUUGAGAACCGUCCGCCGGUUUUUGGAAAACCACGGAGAGAGCAUAUCCACCAUCGUGUUCGCCGUGAUGGAUCAAGACGAGGUACGGAAAGAAGAAAAAUCCCCCUCCCCCGGAUAAUCUUAGAUUAACGACGGGGGAAUAAAAAUAAUUCCUACGCGUGGAUUCCGUAACCGACUUUGUAGAAUGCUGUUCGCCCUCGGGGUUAUUUCAAUUCCAGAUGGUGAUGUUUCGAUUUUAAUUCGCACGGUGGAGUGACGUCACACGUGAUAACUUCAGCGCCAUGGUCGGCAUUGUCGAACCGCUCUGUUGUUGGCCUUUUUGUGCAUUGUCUUCUGCAUUUGGCGAUACUGUCAUGAAUGAGGCCGGUUUUCUGUGGUGCGAGUCCCCCAACAGCAACGCUACUUGGCACUCGCCUUUGGUUGAUAUUGGUAAUUUUCACGACAGUUACUGUGACGCCUGCUCACCCACCCCUCCCCCCCUCCUCCAGGUUACAGACAGACAUAAGGGGGCAGA